AUGGAUUUCGCCUUGAAAGUGGCAACUUACGUCAUAGGUACGGAAAAAUGUGGGGAUCUUCACGUUUACGUGCAGGGAGAUUUAUCACAACAAGAUAAGAGAGCAGUUUUUUUAACGGUACACGAUUUAGGAUGCAAUCAUUUAUCAUUUUACGAAUUCGUUAAUCAUCCAAGCAUGAUAGAUAUAAGAGAUAGAUCGAUAUUUAUACACGUCGACGUACCUGGACACGAAGAAAAUGGCGAAGCAUUACCAGAUUCGUUUCAAUUUCCAACGUUACAAACCCUAGGAGAAGAUCUCGUGUCCGUAUUAAAUUUCUUACACGUUAAAUACGUUAUUUGUUUGGGCGAAGGGGCUGGUGCGAACGUUUGUGCAAGAUUUGGUUUGGCACAUCCGACAAGAGUCGUCGGUAUGAUAUUGAUCAAUUGUACAGGUUCGGCUGCUAGCGUUAUGGAAAGUUUUAAAAACAAGUUUGUCAACUGGAAAGGUAACAAUUUGAUAAGUCAAUCAGCAGAAGAUUAUCUUUUAUUUCACAAAUUUGGAAACCAAAUAAUGAGCGACAAUCAGAAAGACAAAGAACGUGUAAUGGCAGAAUUCCAAGCACGCAUACGUUCGUCAAUUAAUUCGAAAAAUUUAAAACUUUACGUGAACGCUUUUCUCACUCGUAACGAUUUGCCGUUGAAAAAUAGUACAACCGACAUACUUUUAAUAACCGGAGUUCUUAAUUCCACGGCAUCAGUCGUUGAAAAACUUCAUAAGGAAAUGCCGGAUAAAAAUAAGGCGACACUUUUAAAAAUAGAAAGAGCAGGAGAUGUUUUAUUGGAUGCUCCGGCUAAGGUAGCACAAGCCAUUUUAUUAUUUUGCAAAGGAUUAGGAUGGCUCACGUCGGUCACUAUGCCGGGUAUAGACAGACAGAGAACGUUGUCACAAAGUAGCCAAGAUGAAAGUCCACUCGGGAGUAACAAGGGUAGAAGAUUAUCCCGAGGGAUGUCAAUGGAAGAAUACGAUAAGCCAAACAUAAGAAGACUAUCAAUCACUCAAACCGGUCUUCCUCUACCGAACAAAAACUAA